GAUAAGUUGCCUUGAACUACCAUAUGACGGAUAAUAAGUUGCGUUUUUAAAUAUCUUACAUAAUUUUCCCCAAAAUAUUUUGGCAAAACAUGGUCAACAGCUGCCUCAAAUGCGGAAGAGGCAGCGAGAAAGACAAGGACGUCACCCUUUUCCAAGUGCCAAUUGAAGGAAAAAGUGCAAAAUGGCAAAUGGAAUUUCUCGAGAGAGUAGGGAUCGAAGACUUUUUAGAUAAAGACGUUUACAUAUGCAAUAGACACUUCUUGCCGGAGGAUUUUGAAAUGAAAAACUCGGAACUGACGUUAAAAGAAAAUGCACUUCCCAUUAGGAGUGAUGAAGAGUUUGAGGAGCAGUUAGAAAUCAAACCCGAGGUAAUUUAUUUUAAAAACGAAUGUGGCGAGACGGUCGAGGUAGGUGUAGAUACCAUGUCCGAUACCAGCGAGACCAAAGAUCUAGUUCCAUUAGAACCACUCGUGGAGUACAUGAACGUCUACGAGGACGUUCGAGAGGAAGUGGAACUUUCCUCCGAGGUCACGUGCAAGAUGGAGGAGGCCGAAGGGCAGACCGGCAGCGAAAACGUAAUUAUCGAAUCUGAAUACGUCACCAACAAUAAUGGCACGCAGGAGAUAUCUGUCGUAAGUUCCGACGGGAAUAAUUUGGGGAUGGAUCCGGUAAUGCCGUUUUUUCUCACAUCCUCCCCGAUGUUCACUAUAUUGAACGAGAAUAAUGAGGUAGGGGAAACGAUAAUCCUUCAAAUAGAAGACACGGAAGACAAGAAACCGCCCCCUCCAGUGAAGGAAGUCCUGGAGGAGCUCGACCAGUCUCUCUGCAAGAGCCCCACCGGUUCCCUGACCACCACCUACACCUGCGACAUAUGCGACAGCUCGUACGGCUGCCUGAACUGCCUCAAGUCGCACUACGAGACCUUCCACAUCCUGAACGUCGUCCGACGCUACAAGUGCAAGUUCUCCCACCACGUCAGCAAGAGCCUGGUCUGUCCCGUGUGCGACCUGACUUUCGAGAACCGCGGCGAGACCAUGGACCACUACAUAACCCACUCGGUGGGUUGCGAGAUAUGCGGCUCGGGCUUCGACCGACACAGCUACCUCACCGAGCACUACAAGACCGUCCACAACAAGGGCGACUACCAGGCCUUCUACGAGUGCGAGCUGUGCAAGAUGUCGUACCAGUACAUCGCCACCCUGACCAAGCACUACCGGAUAUUCCACAGGAUGACGUUGUGCCACGUGUGCAAGGCGCGGUUCGCGACCGUGGGCGAGCUGCAGGAGCACGAGAAGGUGCACCAGGAGAAGCUCAACGUGCUGCCGUUUGCGUGCAGCAAGUGCAACAUGGCCUUCAGGAAGAUCUGCGACAUAGCCGUGCACAUCCGGCGGGUCCACAAGAAGGAUGCGGCGGAGGAGGGCGAGGCGGAGGCGGGGAACGAGCUACCUCGGAAAGUUGAGGGCGAGGACCACAUGCCGGUGCAGAAGAGGGUUAAGGUGAAGAAGUAGCGUAGGGGCGUGGCGGACGUUGGGGGAUCGUGUCUGUGGCUGGGUUUUUGGUAAAUUUUAUUUUUCUCGUUUUGUGUUAUUUCGUUCGAUAAAAUUUCGCCAUUUCAACAGGAAAAAGGAGGUUAGGGAACUUCGGUUUUCAACAUCGACCAAAACAGGUGGAAUUGUUUGUAACACUUUUUUUUUUUAAAAACUCAAAUUUCUUCAUUUAAUAUUCAAAAAUUGAUUUAUUUCUUUUCGAAUUUGCCA